AUACGUUGCAUAUUAUAUUUAUUGUUAUGACUUUUGUAUCAAUGGAAAAGCAGAAUAAUAUGGCAAGAAGUUUCAAUUUAGUCAGGAGGAAAGCUGAAUAUUAUGCGAACCAAAUUCCACACCGGCUACAACCACUGAAAUGAAGAGAUGACAAGUGAAAGUACAAGUUUUCUUUUUAGUAAUAAUUAAUGCAUACAUAUAUAUUAACAUUUUGAACUGAAUUGACAUACGGGUUUAAAAUGUUCCUUGUCGGCCUUACUGGGGGAAUUGGGUGUGGCAAAUCCACAGUUUCCAAAAUGUUUUGUGAUAUGGACAUCCCAUUAAUUGAUUCCGAUCAAAUUGCCCGGAAAGUUGUAGAACCUGGUCGCAAGGCUUGGCGACAAAUACGCAAUACGUUUGGAAGUUCGGUACUGGAAGAAGAUGGUCAGCUUAAUCGGAAAAAGUUGGGACAAAUAAUAUUUGGCGAUGCUGAGAAGCGUGCCAAAUUGAAUGCGAUAACACAUCCAGCAAUUGCAAAAGAGAUAUUUUUCAGUAUUUGCUACUAUUUGGUUAGAGGUCACCAAUUCGUUAUCAUAGAUUCUCCGCUUUUGUACGAAGUUAACACAUGGAUUCGCCUCGUCCACGUCAUUGUGGUCUCAUGUGAUGAUAACCAACAACUUGAAAGGCUUGUAAAAAGAGAUAACUUCAAAGAGGAAGAAGCCAGAUCUCGAAUAAAUGCUCAAAUGUCCAUGGAAGAAAAACGCAAACGAGCAGACUAUAUUAUUCAUAACAAUGGAACAAUUAAUAAUACCAAGAACCAAGUUCAAAAUAUUUGUCAUCAGCUAAAAUCCUUUAAAACACAUUGGAUAAUAAGAAUUGGCAUUGUCACAAUAUUUGCGGUAUUGUUAUCAUCGUCAUAUUUUGCGGGGGCGUUAAUUUACAAGAAUUUAUACCCUUCAUAAGUGUCAACUUAUGACAAUAAAUGUGAUUCAUCGUCUUUCAAAUGUUAAGCCUUAGUUGCUAUUUAGGAGCAAUACUAUCACAAUUAAGAAUAAUAAUUUGACUUUAACUCACUA